CAAGUUCGUCCGCCAUGUUGACGUAAACUUUGAUAUCUACCAAACUUGCCAAACUUAAAGGAAAAAAUUCAAAUUUCGCAAACAAAAAAGUAAUUUUAACAUAUUCUUUUUUUUUAAAUAUAUAUCAACUCAGUUUUAUUAUGUAAUCAUAGUUUAAUGUAAGCAAUUUUAUUAUAUACAGCUACUGAUGACUGUAUAGUUAGUUAUCAAUUUCAAGUAUUUUAUCACUUCCUAUUAUUUAAAGUUUGAUCUUGUGGUAAAUUAUUUAUUAUUAUUAUGUGUUAGUAUAAUGUGUUAGUAUGAGUCAUUUUUCGUAUUUAAAAUAUUUCAUUUUAUAUUUUAAUCAAAAAGAGAGAACAAUUUGUUUACAGUUGAUCACUUAACUGAAAUUUAUUAAGAAAUGGAUUAUAAUUUUGAAUUAAUAUUAUUUGUUUCAAUGCAUUUUCUUGUAUAUCAAAGUGAAUCAGCAAGACUUAAGGAUAUAAAAAAAAAGGCUAAAGAACUGACAGAGUAUCUAGCAGUGGUUGAUGCUUGUCACAUCAAACAAAAACUUAUUACUUCUGAUAGAAAUGAAGAAUUUGAAUUAGUUGAAACCUUCAUUAAUACAACUCUUACAUUGGCUUGCCACUUUUGUGAUGAUAAAGAUGAUGAUGUUCCUAAAUUAUGGUACCGCCAGAGUCGAUAUAGAAACAGCAAUAUUGUAGAAGUUGAACUGGGUAUGGAAGAUGAACUUUCAAGCAAUCGGGUAUAUAUGAAACCUGAUCAUACACUAGUAUUUAAUCGAACAAUUGAAGAAGAUGCUGCAUUAUACUACUGUAGUGCCCAUCUUGGAAAAGACCAAAAUUUUAAAUAUAAUUACUUAGUAGAUAUUGUCAAUGCAUCUGCUGCAAAAGUUACUAUAGGAAAUUUGAAAGACUGGACAGCAUUUGAAGAAAAAUCAUUUACUGAAAUCAAUAAUAAAUUUACAACCUCAAACAGAUCUGAUUAUGAAGAUAUUCGAUCUAAAGAUAUCCUUGUAGAAGUUAUUGGGAGAUGGCAGGCAUGGGGAACGUGUGAUGGCUGUAGGAAAAUAAGGAUAAAAAUUGCUGAGUGUCGGUUGCAACCUUCAAUAAAAAGUAAAAAUAUUACUUGGAAAUAUUCACUGAAUGACGGCGAGUCUUUUCUAAUGAAGUCUUUUGAGAUGUCUUGUUAUUCUACUGGUUUGCAAAAAUUGUAUCCAAAUAUUUCGAAUGAUUUACUUGAAAUUGGCAACUUUGCAAUCACAGAACAUUGUUAUGCUCCCUGUAAAGUUUAUUCUGAAUCAAAAUCAUCUGCUCAAUAUAGGAAUACUAUUAUUCUUGCAGAAGGAGAUCACUUUACAUUAAUUUGCCCUGAAGUUAAUCCAAAAAGUGAAGUAGUAUGGGAAAAAAAUGGUGUUGCAAUCAGCCCAAAUAUACGUGGAGGGAACCUUCUGAUAGAUUCUUUUUCAAAUUUAUACAUAAUCACUGCGAGUUCUGAUGAAGAAGCCAAUUACACCUGCUUUGUAGAUGAUGUUAAAAUGCAAGUUGUUUCUGUUUUUGUCCGUCAAAAAUUAGUCAUAACAAGUGAUGUUUUUUCACAUUUUAUUAAUGACACUUCAAAUGCUGAUAUUUCAAAUGAUAAAACCACAAACUUUUAUUUAUUAAUUCUUAGUGUUAUAAUUCAAGAUAAAAUAUUGAAGGGGUCCUCAAAUAUUUUGAAACAAAAUAAAAAAAACAAAUCUAGCAUUAAAAGUGGUAUGGAUGGAGUUCAAGACCAAAUAUCAAAUACCAUAUUCUUCUAAAGUCCAAGUAUUCAAUAAAAUCAAUUUUUUCAGACAUUUUAAAUAUCUCGGAUUUAUUUUUCUCUUUAGUGGCAUCUUUUAUAGUGCAGGAAUGAUUUUAGCUUGGAAUAGAAGGCAUACUUUUAAAAAAGUUGAUUUUACUAAGGUUGCUGAAGAACGAUUCGUUCACUAUCUUGAUUUCAAUCCAUCAAAUACUUAUUGACCUAACUGUUCUGAUACAAUAUAUUGUUAUUAUUAUGAAUUUAUAUUCUUGGUGUUAUAUACAGAGUUUUUGUUUCUUGUAAUUAAUUUAUAAAAUUUAUUUAUGGAUGGUUAAGCAAUAAAUGUUUGUUGAAUACA